AUGGAAGGGCGUCAAGUCGUUGUUGUCCAUGACGAUCCAGAAGCCGACUGUAUUCGCUGGGUGAUGAUCUUCGUCAUCACGAUGAUCCUGAUCAUGCUUUUUUGGGGUGGUCACGGCGAGCAGCCGCUCGAGCGGAAACCCCGUUGGAAAGCCCUCGAUUGGGAGCUCGCCCAUGACCGAAAUUCCGCGACGCACCUACGGAACCUGAAGGCGGCCACGGAGAAGGUACAAGAAUUGUGCUCGACGAAGGAGUGCACAGAAGCCGCUGGCUAUAUUCUUCACCAUAUGGACCCGAGCGUCGAUCCGUGCGUGGAUUUUCACGAGUUCGCCUGUGGGAGGUGGAAUCAGAAGAACAAGCUCGGCUUUUGGGAGACGCUGGCUGCCGAGCUGCACAACCGGAUCCAGGAGCUGAUCAACACCGAUAGGACGUCGACAGCAAUGGCAAAGGCUCGUAUCUUCCUGGAACAUUGCGAGAAGCUGAACAUUUCUACGCUCAACGACGCUGCUCAAGAAUACGCGAAGAAGCUCGGCGAGGUCCGGAUCAUCGGCCAGCAACUCGAGCCUGGGAUGAAAAUGCCGAGCAUCACCGACGCGCUUCUGCUGACGAUGCUGCACCAUUUUGAGCGGCCUUACGAUGUGCCCUAUCGGCUACAUCAUAGUUUCAUCGGGUUGAACGGGUCGAUUGACGGCGGGAUUUACCUUUUCUUCAACGACCCGAUUUUCAUCUUCGACUUCCCGCAGUACAAGUUGGCCGAGUUGCCGGAGGACUGGGAGCAGAAACGUGUUGAACAGGCCCUCCAAAAAGCCCGCGAUCUCGGCUUUUCCGUCUUUGAAAACGCGCACACCGUCCCAGAACUCGUCCAGUUUUACAAGCGCCUGAAGACGGAGCUCUACGGCGACGAGUACGAAAUUGUUCCGUUCGCCGACGAGCCAGAACUAGUGACGCUCGGCGAAUUGCAGGAUAGGGUUCCGGCUCUUGACUGGGAGCACUACAUCGGCUCGCACUUCCCCAGCUCUACAGCCAAACAAUUCCGUACCACUACGCUUGUGCAGCUCGGCGGUCCGGUGGCUGCUUUUGAGAAGCUCUCCCAAAUCCUCGUCUCCACGCCCCGCCAUGUACUUCAACACUUCUUCUUUGUCACCUGGGCUCAGCAUAUCGGAGAUCGGGCAAAAGCUCGGUUUACUGAAAGUUGCCAUGAGCGGUUUUCCAUGGCAUUCCCGAAACUCGCAGAGCACCUCAUCGUCAAGUAUAUAAUCGAACAAACAGAUGUCCCUGCGGCCAAGAAGCUCGCCGAGCAGAUCCGACAAAAAUUUCAAGAGGUCUUGGAUGAGAACCAGUGGCUGGAGAACUCGACGCGACAGUUGUUGAAGCAGAAGCUCUCUACAAUUCCGAUCGAAAUUGGCUACAACCAAAAAGCGCUGAAUGUGACCGACAUUGACAAGUACUACGAGAAGCUCCACAUCCCCGACCCGCCGAACCUCGUGGAUUUGCUGAAAUUUGAGGACCGAGCUGAGUGGCUGCGCAUUGAAAUGGACCUCGGCGAUACGGUAAACAGCGAAAAAGAGCCGUUGGCUAGAGCAGCGGCUUGGAAUACCGGGAAUCGAGUUGUAAUCCCGAUCGGCCUCAUCCAGCCCCCGUUCUUUGCCCAAAACUGGCCGCUAGAGUUCAUCUACGGCGGCAUCGGCGAGGUGAUCGGCCACGAGUUGACGCACAGUUUUGAUGAUCCUUCAAAACUUCCCUACGACGCCGACGGGGACCACGAGAAUUUCCAGAAACGAGCCGACUGUCUGGUCGACCAAUUCGGAAGGCCUGUCUACAGGAAUGAGCUGCACAACGUGACGAUUACGGAUCGCGGUGAGCACCAGCUGCACGAGACGCUGGCCGAUAACAAUGGGUUGAGGGUGGCCUGGCGGGCCUACAACGAGGAGCGCCUGAAACGCUUCGGCGGCCGCCCGCCAAAACUGCCCGGCCUCCAGGAGUACACCAACGAACAGCUCUUCUUCCUGGCUCAUGCUCAAUUCCUCUGUGGCCGUGUCCCCGACCCGAACAGCCGCGACGACCCGUAUUUCAUGGGAGAGCACCCACCGCUGAGUGUGCGUCUCAACGGCAGCCUGCAGAACUUCGAGCCGUUCGCCGUGGCUUUUAAGUGCAAGAUCAACUCGCCGAUGAACCCGAUGAAGAAGUGCCGUGUAUGGCGCCGUCUCCACCGCAAA